UAAAAAAAAAAAACCCCUCCCAAAUUUCUUUAAAAAAAUCGACAAAAAACCCCAAAAAAAUUGAAAAUAGCGGCAAAAUGUCGAUCCUCUUCAUCGCAGUACAAUGCUUCAACUGCUCAACGAUGCAGGUUAAGCAGCAGAAGAAGAGCAGCAACAAAUGGGUGUGCGUGAUCUGCGGCGAGAAGCAAUCGGUUCGGCAAAUCCACGCUCGAGGGUACAAGGCCAAGGAUGUUAGGGGAUUCGUUCAGGGGUUCAAUUCCUCGAGAUCGGCGGCGGGGGGGGGGGGGGGAUCAGAGGGAUCGGGGUGGAUGUCGCCGCUGCGACCGGAGAUAUCGGAGAGAUUGGAGGGAGGAGGGGAGAAGAAGAGGAGGGAUUGGAGUGAGUAUUUGGAUGUUGAAGAGAGAGAAGAGGAGGAGAAGGAAGAGGGAGGGGAGUGUUCUGGGUUGGUGGUCACGACGGAAUUGCCACAGGAAAAGUUCAGACGAAUCUUCCCAAAACGCCCCUCAAAGUUGCAUCAGAAUCAGCCUGUCGAUGGAAAUAGAAAUUUGAAGCCAAUUUUUUCAAAGAAGAGGCACAAUGAAUCCCUUCAAGGGAACAAUGGAUCUGCGAAGUGCCAGAGGGCUGCCAUAGAGAGAGGAUCAUCAAAAUGGAGCAACUAUUUAGAAGAAGAAGAAGGAAAAGGGGUCGGUUCAAAGUUUGAUCGCAAUGACAGUGAGCUAUUGGAUGUGAAAGAGAACAUGUUUAAUGACUUCAUUGUUGAAGAGGAGGUCCAUCCUGACUUCAUUUGAAGGUAAAGCCUGCUUUUUCUUCUUUUUUCGGCUUGAGCUUGUAAUAUGCCACAGUACCAAAGGGGUAAAGCAUUCUAUAUGCAAAGUGAUUAUUUUGUUGCAAUGUGACUUAAUUUAUACUCCAAGCUCAUUAUAACUGUAGAAAAGAUAUCGUUAAUUUUCAGACUUAGGCUAUCACUUAGGUCUAGUGAAGAUAACAACAGCUACAAGGGUCAUAUGCUCACCAGUAUUGCUUUACUUAAGGGUUGAGAUACCAAAUUACCUUGUAAAAUAUAAAAUGAAAUAUAAUUGAAAUAUACCGUCACACAUUAUUUUCUGUGAUACUCUUCAUAAAGAUUUGUUCACAGAAUUACAGGUCUCGUAUAUAUCUCCCUAUGAUUUAUGUUCUCUGUUGAUAACAUCUGCUAGUUCUAUUGCACUUUUAAAUGAUAAUGGAUUUGUUGAUCUUGCAAAAGGGAAAAUUUGAUUGAAGAAUAUAAUGAAAGAGGAUAAAGGCGACAAGCUUUGAAGCUUAUUCUACAAGGUUACGAAUCUUGUAAUCGUA